CUGAAGAGUAAAGCCGCAUCAUAAGACACCAAAGCUCUUCUGAGUUCGAACUUCGAACUAACCUUUUGUCUUUCUCUUUCUAGAACAAUAAAGUUCUUAGCUUUUUUGUUUUUCUGCUCUUCACAUUGGCGCUUUCUAGUGCAAAAAGAUUCCAUUUAGUGAAGAUGGCAACUACUGCUGCUUCCAGCCUGCAAAUGGCAACAGCAAGACCCUGCAUUUCCUCUUCUCAUAGAGUUUUCAGGUCUGGUGCCGCUAUGCUUCACGGCAAUGUUAAAGUGGUAUCAUCGUCUAAGCUCUCGAGUGCGUGCCAUAUAUCAUCUGUGCAAUCUUUCCAGCGGAGCUUUACAUCAUCAUCUUUGAAAAUGGAUAAGUUUGUUACAAAGGCAAUGGCUGGAUCUAGUGAGAACAAGCCCUCUGGGUUGCCAAUUAAUCUGAAAGGUAAGAGAGCAUUCAUUGCUGGUGUAGCUGAUGAUAAUGGAUAUGGGUGGGCUAUUGCAAAAUCUCUAGCUGCUGCAGGUGCUGAAAUUCUCGUGGGAACUUGGGUCCCUGCUUUGAACAUUUUUGAGUCCAGCCUGCGACGUGGGAAGUUUGAUGAGUCACGCAUGUUACCAGAUGGUUCUUUGAUGGAGAUUACUAAAGUAUAUCCCCUUGAUGCAGUUUUUGAUACCCUUGACGAUGUUCCUGAGGAGGUGAAAUCAAAUAAGCGCUAUGCCGGAUCCAGUAACUGGACUGUCCAGGAAGCUGCUGAAGCCGUGAAGAGUGAUUUUGGAAGUAUUGAUAUUCUUGUUCACUCCCUUGCUAAUGGACCAGAGGUCACUAAACCUCUGUUGGAGACAUCCCGGAAGGGAUAUCUUGCUGCUAUCUCUGCAUCAAGUUAUUCGUAUGUUUCUUUACUGAAGCAUUUCCUCCCAAUAAUUAAUCCAGGUGGUUCUUCACUUUCUCUUACAUACAUUGCUUCUGAGAGGAUAAUUCCUGGAUACGGUGGAGGUAUGAGCUCUGCAAAAGCUGCGCUUGAGAGUGACACUCGAGUGCUUGCCUUUGAAGCGGGCAGAAAAAAGAGAAUUCGGGUCAACACAAUAUCUGCUGGUCCACUUAGAAGCCGUGCUGCCAAAGCAAUUGGAUUCAUUGAUAUGAUGAUUGACUAUUCACUAGUCAAUGCACCUCUGCAAAAAGAACUAUCUGCAGAGGAGGUAGGGAACACAGCCGCUUUCUUGGCAUCACCUUUGGCUUCUGCCAUCACCGGUUCUGUUAUAUACGUUGAUAAUGGCUUGAACACAAUGGGUGUCGGAGUUGACAGUCCAAUUUUUGAGAAACUUGACAUUCCCAAGGAUCAGCACUGAGGAUAGUCAAUGGUUAGUGGUUAGCCACGAUCUUAGUCUCUUAGAUUGUACUUAUAACAAUGCAGUUAAUUAGAUGUCUUGGCCAAUGGCCCCAUUUUGUCAUGAGAAAUAGUUUCCCCGAGGACUAACAUUUUCCAAGAACUUUGAAUCUAAAUCCUUUUCAAUUUCCCUUUUUUUUUAUAAAUUGUGCUUGUGAGAACUUGUGUAUAAAAUAUCAAACCCUGCUUGAAUAAAUGGCAUUACCGAUCGUAAUAGAGAGGCAAUUAUAAAA